GCCAAAGUGUUAAGGGUGUGGUGGUGGGAAAGCAUGGUUGUGUUGACUGUGUUGUGUGAAUGCAAAUAUGAAUGACAAUAUGUUCUGAGGGGCUUUGGUUGGUAUCUGGUGGAUCAGAUUUUCUUCUGCUUGGUUAUCCUUAACUGCAGAUAGUGGUCUAUUUAAAACUAAACUUUGACUUUAUCAAAAACAGCAAACGAAUCCAAAGCCGUUUGUUUCCAUACAACAUUUUCCUGCUCUGAAAAGUGUGAUGGAAUAAUUUACUUGAUAAUGUGUUCUUACGUUUCAAAUAUUAAAUAUUUUUAUACUUCAUUAAAUAGCUGUAGAAUAAAAGUAUAGCUAUAGGCCUAUAGGGGAACUCUAACAUCAUGUAAGGAAAGAAAAAGAGGACAUUUGUGUGUGAAUAUAGGUUUCAGAGUAUCUAGAAAUAUUGAGUAAAAAUAAGAGAUUUCUAGUGCAGAUAUUUUUUGUCAAUGUUGAGCAUCGCAAGUAGCUUAAAUUUAAUGUUCUUCAAAAUUGGGAACAUAUUUGAAAUGUUUCCUAUCUCUUUAAUAUGCUUUUACAGAUCUUCACUUAAUUUAAUGUGCUUGUAUAUUUUGUUCAAUGAUUUGACAGUAAUCUACUUCCAUUAAUCAAGCCUUUCUUGCUCAUAAUAAUUGAAUAAUUUAUUUCAUAAAAGUAGGUGUACGUAACCACUUACAUUUAUGCAAAAUAAAAAUGUAUAUGAACUAAAUGUUUUAAAAUAACCAGUAAUGGAGAAAACUACAUUAUGCUUCUGUUUUAUUCUACUUAUGCUAGUGUUUGCUUCAUCUAGCUCAGAUUAGCACUUGAAUUCUCUGAGCAGUUCACACAAUACUGUAAGGUUAAAAUUUGGUGGGCUAGUUUAUGGGUCAGUCUGCAGAAGAGAUUGCCUAGCCAAUUGAUAAAUGUAAUAUAACAUUAAAUUUUAGAGCUAGAGCAAGCACUUAUAAAAGUUUCCUAAUAUAUACUUAAACUAUAAUAAAUACAAGGCCAUUUCUAAGAUUUAAUAAAGGAACACAAUUACAAUAUGAUUUUAUUGAAGAUCAUAUGACAAUUUUAGAUGUUCAGGAAUAUCAUGGAUAAUCACAGUAUUCUUUUCUCGUAGAGCAAACAUGUAAGUUUUUAGUAUCUCGAUCCAUAUUACCGGUAAUUGUAUACAAAGCUGCUGGGGUAGGUCAUCUGAUGUUUUGUAUCCUCAUGCUGUGGACAUCCACCUUCAAAAUACUGUGAGCUAUAAGGAAGAUACUGACAAUGUUUUAUCCUGAUUCCUAGAGGCCACAAGAAUUUGAAUCGGGGAAAAAGGCUGAAGUUGAACCCAAAUAAAAUGAAGUUGCUGUAUGUACAUCAGGAUUCUCUGUCAAAACCAGUAUUAUCCCUACCUGUGCAGACGCUUGUAAUUUUAGGGGGCCCUUCAGGACUCCACUUUCUCCCUGAGCAGCUGAUGUAACUUCCUUGGGAGAGCCUUGCCAUACAACUCAAACUGCAACUGUUCCAGAAUGCAGCAGCUGACUAUGUACCUGGUUCUAAACAUUGGGAGCAUAUAACACUGAUUAUAUUCUGGCUGCCAAUUGGUUUUUUGAUAUCUUUAAGGUGCUCUACCAAAGCCCUUCAUGGUUUGGUACCUAGCUAUUUAGGGCAGAGGUGUUGAACUCACGUCAUGGCGGUGUCACGUGAUGUACUGAGACUUUUCCCCCCUUCGCUAAACCAGGCGUGGGUGUGGCCAGCAUGUGAUGCAUCCGGCCUGUGGGCCAGAAGUUUGACAGCCCUGAUUUAGAUGAAUUCCUGGUUCAGUGAUUCUAUCUGCUCUAUCUUGAAGGAAGAAGCUAUUUGUAACCCACACUUCUGAGAGAUAAGGGGUCCCAAAGUUAGAAGGUGUUGGUGCUUUCUGUGGCAGUGUUGGUACUCUGGGAAGGCCUUUCUCUGAAGAUUCAAAUCUCCCUCCCCCUGCUGGCUUUUAGGAAAAGACUAAAAAUAUUACUUCUAUUAAUAAGCAUUUCUCUACCCUUUUAUUUUCUGUUUUUAGCCGCUAGUCUGUCUUUAUGUUGGGUGCUUUAUGAUGUUUAUGUUUUCUUAUCCUGUAUUCUCUGUAAGUCACAAAAAGUCUUUAGGCUAUGAUGGAAUAUACCUUUGCUAAAUAAAUACCAUAAGAUUUAUAUCCUAUUUCAAUAUUAACAUUUUUACUGUAUAAAUAAUUGAUAUAAAUUGUAUGAAAUGGAAGUACAUUUGUUUUAAUAUUAUUCACUGACAACAUUUUUAGCCUUAAAAAUUUUUUAUAGAAAUGCUAGAGGGGCAGAAAUUGUUAUUUUUAAUUAUGAAAUAAAUUUUGAGAUUUAUUUAAAAAAUGAGAAUCUCAGAAAUAGGUAGAAAGCAACAAUAAGAAAUAGUAUAAAAUGAUACUAAAGUCAAAUAUUAAAAAGGAUCCAUGCAAACAUUUCCUUUUUAUUUUUGGACUAUAUGAAUAUUUAAAUAUAUAUAUGAGACUAAUCUGUCCAUUGAAGGUUAGCCACCUAAAAAUCCAAUCAAUAUUUUUCAAUCAAGGUCUGCUGAGCCUUGUUUGCAAUUUUUUAAACAGCAUAUAUUCAUAUGGCUCUUACUAUAUUAUUGUCCUGUUCAUAUUCUUGUAAAUCUAAUCUGAUGUAUGAUGAAUUUUCAUGAAAUGCAUUAAUUUCUCAAAAUUUCUAGUGUUUAUGAAUAGAAUGGAUGUGCUUGGAGAUGCCAAUGUUAUGCAGCUUGGCCAUCUGUGUAAAUAUUGCAUGGUUCUAGCUUUUAAUCUGGUGGGAGGAGAACCAAAUGGAUUUUGAGAAUUUAUCUUGAUAAUAUUCCAGAUUAUAGAAGCCUACCCAUAGUUGCUUCUUCUAGGUUUCUGAGUGUUUUGGUCCUGGCUUGCUUAAUAAAACUAUUAAAAUGUAAUAUCUUAAUACAUCUAUUGAGAACCAUAAUUCAUGUUGCUUCUUGUAUAAGCAUAGGAAUUUUUUUUAUUAUUUGCAUUUAUAUCCCGCCCUUCUCCGAAGACUCAGGGCGGCUUACACUAUGUUAAGCAAUAGUCUUCAUCCAUUUGUAUAUUAUAUACAAAUUGGUGGUUUAGGAUCCUUCUACCAGCUGGAUAAGUGCCAAGAAUGGUAUUAAUUUUACUUUGCACACAUUGGGCCAUAACUUACUUAACCAUGGUUUUAGAACAACUUACUUUUGACAUGAUUUAUACACAUUAAGCCAAAGUUAACAGAAGUUAUGCUAUGGCUUAAUUCAGUUUGGAGGAGAACCGUUUUAGGUGUUCAGGAAAGUUUUAGGUGAUCAGCCCUCCCUAACAUUGGUUUUAUGGAUUAACUUUCAAACAUUUAAGUUCUCGUGCUUUGUGUUUCAAAAUGGCCUACACUGUUAUUAAAAGUGGCUUUUAAAAAUAAUCAUAUUGAAUUAUCUGAAUUUACAGAUUUUGUUAGCUAUACAUAUCUAAGUCUAUAUAAAUAUUUGUUUCUAUUUAUGAAGUGCCAAACGUUAGAGUAAUUUCCCACUCUGUUCAAUAAGAAAUAGAUCAAAGACAUAUUUUGAUCAGUGUUUCGCUAUAAGACAUAAGCCCCUCCCAUGCAAUAUUUAUUUUACAGCUUUUUUAAUAUUGUCUUUUUGCAAGGCUUUUAUUUUGUUUCUAUGGUGAAUAGCCUGAUUCGUUGGAUCAAACCAAUUAGUUUAUCUACUGUGAUUAAAAAAAGUUGGCUGCUGAUACUAAUUAAGUCUUCUUUCUGCAAGGAAUGUUGAGUUCAUCACCACCACAUUUUCCUCCUCAGCCUGUUGAAGAAAGAGCUCUAAUCCCAGCUAACGUCCUGUCUCUUCCUUCCUUCAUCUCUACCUCCUUCAUAUUUUCUCCACCAAUUGUUUUUUGUACCCUUAUUUCUAGUGAAGGAAGCAGAAAUGGGGGGGGGUAUAUCUAUAUGUGUGUAUGUGUAAAAUCAUAACAUCAUCAUUGGGUUUGGUUGAAAUUCCAGACUGUAAAUUAAAAUAUAAUAUUCUUAUGUCUAUCUUAUGUCUAACAUGCAUUGGCUGCAUUUUUAUAAAUAUUUUUUGAGAAUAAAAUCCUUAGUGGAAUCAACAGGCACAUGCUGUUGACAUAUUUUUUUCCCCCCUGUUGUGCAGCUUCAUACAGGUGGUACUACUGGAAUAUCACUUGUCCCAGUUUCUUUGUAGCUGUAUUAUCUAUGCAGCCCUUUGUUUCUUUGCUUUAUUUGUGCGUCCAGUGAGUCCUGUAAACUAAACAGCUGUUGUACUCCUGCCAUCCAUGUUUCCUAACUUUCAAGAUUUAAAAGGGAGAAGAAAACGAGGAGAAACAUUUCUAAAUUGAGCUGGUACAAAUUCCUUGAUUAUAGCACCUCUUCUUAUCUCCUUGCAGUAGAGCUACACUAGUGAAACAACUUUCAAUUGCCAAGUUUUCCCAGUGUGCUAAGGCAUUAGGAAACCUGUUUAAUGUCUUAUUUGAACUCGGUUAUUUUGAAUAAAGGCUCACUUCAGUUUGAAGACAAAUGGGAUUUUAUGCGCCCAAUUGUUCUGAAGCUUUUACGCCAGGAAUCUGUUACUAAACAACAAUGGUUUGAUCUAUUUUCAGAUGUCCAUGGAGUUUGUUUGUGGGAUGAUAAAGGCCCAGCAAAAAUACAUCAGGCCUUGAAAGAAGAUAUCCUUGAUUUUAUUAAGCAAGCACAAGCGAGAGUGCUGAGCCACCAAGAUGAUACUGCAUUACUGAAAGCCUAUAUUGUAGAAUGGCGUAAAUUCUUCACACAAUGUGAUAUCUUACCCAAGCCAUUUUGUCAGCUAGAGAUUACUCUCAUGGGUAAACAAGGCAGCAAUAAAAAAUCCAAUGUAGAAGACAGUAUUGUACGGAAGCUCAUGCUAGAUACCUGGAAUGAAUCCAUAUUUUCAAACAUAAAAACUCGCCUUCAAGACAGUGCAAUGAAGUUGGUCCAUGCUGAACGUUUAGGAGAAGCUUUUGACUCUCAACUUGUCAUUGGUGUUAGAGAAUCUUACGUUAAUCUGUGUUCCAAUCCUGAUGAUAAACUCCAGAUUUAUCGGGAUAAUUUUGAAAAAGCAUACCUAGAUUCAACAGAGAGAUUUUAUAGAACUCAAGCCCCUUCGUAUUUGCAGCAGAAUGGCGUACAGAACUAUAUGAAAUAUGCAGAUGCUAAAUUAAAGGAAGAAGAAAAAAGAGCACUACGGUAUUUAGAAACAAGGCGUGAAUGUAACUCUGUAGAAGCACUUAUGGAAUGCUGUGUGAAUGCUUUGGUGACCUCCUUUAAAGAGACAAUUUUAGCUGAAUGCCAAGGCAUGAUCAAACGCAAUGAAACGGAAAAAUUACAUCUAAUGUUUUCUUUGAUGGAUAAAGUUCCUAAUGGAAUAGAGCCUAUGUUAAAAGAUUUAGAAGAGCAUAUUGUUAAUGCUGGAUUAGCAGAUAUGGUAGCAGCUGCGGAAACUAUUACUACUGAUUCUGAAAAAUAUGUAGAACAAUUGCUUACGCUGUUUAAUAGAUUUAGCAAAUUAGUUAAAGAAGCUUUUCAAGAUGACCCAAGAUUUCUUACUGCCAGAGAUAAAGCAUAUAAAGCAGUUGUUAAUGAUGCUACAAUAUUUAAACUUGAAUUACCAUUGAAACAGAAGGGUGUUGGAUUGAAGACACAACCAGAGUCCAAGUGCCCAGAGUUACUUGCAAAUUAUUGUGAUAUGUUGUUAAGAAAAACACCACUAAGCAAAAAAUUAACCUCUGAAGAAAUUGAAGCAAAACUUAAAGAAGUGCUAUUGGUACUCAAGUAUGUACAGAACAAAGAUGUUUUUAUGAGAUACCACAAAGCUCAUUUAACAAGGCGUCUUAUAUUGGAUAUAUCAGCAGACAGCGAAAUAGAAGAGAACAUGGUUGAAUGGCUACGGGAAGUAGGUAUGCCAGCAGAUUAUGUAAAUAAAUUGGCAAGGAUGUUUCAGGAUAUUAAGGUAUCUGAAGAUCUUAACCAGGCCUUCAAGGAAAUGCACAAAAAUAAUAAAUUGGCCCUCCCAGCUGAUUCUGUGAAUAUUAAAAUUUUAAAUGCUGGGGCUUGGUCCAGAAGUUCUGAAAAAGUUUUUGUAUCACUGCCAACGGAAUUAGAAGACCUUAUCCCUGAGGUUGAAGAGUUCUACAAAAAGAACCACAGUGGCAGGAAGCUUCACUGGCAUCAUUUAAUGUCCAAUGGAAUUAUAACUUUCAAGAAUGAAGUUGGCCAGUAUGACUUAGAGGUUACUACAUUUCAAUUGGCUGUGCUUUUUGCAUGGAAUCAAAGACCCCGAGAAAAAAUUAGCUUUGAAAAUCUUAAACUGGCGACAGAACUUCCAGAUGCUGAGCUUAGGAGAACUUUAUGGUCUCUUGUAGCAUUUCCGAAGUUGAAACGUCAAGUUUUGCUGUAUGAACCUCUAGUUAAUUCACCCAAAGACUUUACAGAGGGAACUCUCUUCUCAGUGAACCAGGAGUUCAGCUUAAUAAAAAAUGCUAAAGUUCAAAAAAGAGGUAAAAUAAACCUUAUUGGUAGACUGCAGUUAACAACAGAGAGAAUGCGAGAAGAAGAGAAUGAAGGGAUAGUCCAGUUAAGAAUAUUACGAACCCAGGAGGCUAUCAUCCAAAUAAUGAAAAUGCGGAAGAAAAUUACUAAUGCUCAACUUCAGACUGAAUUAGUAGAGAUAUUAAAAAAUAUGUUCUUGCCGCAGAAGAAAAUGAUAAAAGAGCAAAUUGAAUGGCUUAUAGAACACAAAUAUAUCCGAAGAGAUGAAUCUGAUAUCAAUACAUUUAUAUACAUGGCAUAGCCUAAGGAUUUACUGGAAAAUGCCAAGAAAUGUGCAUUGGGAGUGGUUUGGGCAGAAAAAAAAAUACAAGAAGACUGUGCUGUAAAAGAACUUGACCUGCAUUACUUACUCAAAUUCCUGCCUUACCUUACCAGAGGACUUUUAUUUUGUCAAUCUCUAUCUCUCUUUUUUUUUCCCAGUUAGCAUGAUGGUGUUCCCCUCAUCUUGUGCACAUUUUUAUCAGCAUGCUGGU